AUGGAGAAAAAGAAAAACUUCUCUGAAGAUGAACGCGCCGUGUUGCUGGAACUGCUCUCACGCCACAGCAGCGUCGUGGAAAACAAGAGGACUGACGCGGCGUCCGUGAGUCGGAAACGACAGGCCUGGCAAAAAAUCGAGGACGAAUUUAACUGCCGCCACAACGUGACGCCGCGCAAAUGGAUCCAACUGAAGAAAUGCUGGGAGAACUUGAAAGACAAGUGGAGAAGAACAAACGCUGAAGACAUGCGGGAGCGGUUUGCUACAGGUGGCGGAACACCACCACCAAGCCAGAUGACCGACGAGCUGCAGCGCGUUGGAGACAUCGCGUCACACAUGGCUUGUUCGGCUGCCCAAUCCCUGUGA